ACUGAUCAAAAUAGAAAAGAAAAAAAAAAAAAACUUUUUUAUGUUGUGCUGUUUCCAUGCCCUUCAUGAGAUUAUUAGUAUCUGCUCUUCUGGACCAUGCGAGUUCCUUGGACUGCACUUUGUGCAACACUUUCUGAUAUCUAUUUAAUUAUACUGCUGAUAGGUAACUUGGAUGAGAAGGUGAAUGAUAGAGUCUUGUAUGAGAUUCUAGUUCAGGCAGGCCGAAUUGUAGACUUGUACAUACCUCGAGAUAGGGAAACCAGCCAUCCUAAGGGCUUUGCAUUUGCAGAAUAUGAAUCCGAAGAGAUUGCAGAUUAUGUUGUCAGGCUUUUCUCUGGCCUCAUCUCUCUUUACAAUAGAACACUGAAAUUUGCAAUAUCUGGGCAAGACAAGCCCUCUAAAAACAUGGCCGCUGCUCCGAUCACGCAUGCGUCGAACUUGCCUCCUAACCUGGGAUCACUGCCAAUGCAACUUAAGAAUACUGAAAAUUACCAACAGGCAGCUGAGUUUUUGACACCCUGUAGGUUUUCAGUACACAUCAGAUCAGUCGCUCCUAAUUUUCUAGAAGCACCUCCCACUGGACUAGUAAGAAAUGGAUAUAGAUCAGAUGUCAAUGACGAAAAUUUCGAUUAUAGUAGGAGCAUUUACAGGGGGGCAUUGGAUGGCAUUUGAGACUCAUCCAAGCCAAGCAAUCUAUGGUUCCAGAAAACCCAUUUGCCUAUUUCUCCUGCUAAUCUCUGCUAGGUAAUGUAUCUCUUAGCUCAACUGUGUGUAUGGCUAGAUUAAUAUCCUUUCUCUGUGGCUCAACUCGUAGUACUCUUCUGGUGGGAAGACAGAAGCACUUGCAGUCAGCUAGGAAAGCCUCUUCGCUAUUUAGUUUUAGCAAGUAAAUUAGCAGUUACAUUAGUUUGUUUGGGUUAGUUGAUUACAUUGCACUCUG